AUGGCGUCAAUACCAGUCAUUGUUAGCCACCAAGGCACAAAGUACCAAGUCGAGGUCGACACUUCAUCCAACGGCGAGACUUUCAAGUACCAACUAUACAGUUUAACGGGUGUUGAACCCGAGCGACAGAAGAUCUUGGUGAAGGGAAAACAGGUGAAGGAUGAUGACGACAUGGCCAAGUUCGGCCUCAAGGCCGGCGCAACACUUAUGAUGAUGGGCAAGCCUUCCGGAGAGAACGCAGACCUUUCCCGCCCCAAAGAGGCGAUCAAAUUCGUCGAAGACAUGACCGAAGCCGAAGCAGCUCAGCAAGAGGGCGCUACCCCCGCAGGUCUCACCAAUCUGGGCAAUACCUGUUACCUCAACUCUACCCUCCAAACCCUCCGAUCGAUCCCCGAACUCCAGACGGCUUUGACCACAUACAAGUCGGGCAGUGGUGGCGGUGGAAGCAGCUUCGGCUUGGGCUCGACUGAUCUUGCUACCCAGUUGACGGACUUGUACAAGAACAUGUCGGAGACCCAGGGCAGCAUUCCCCCGCUCACCUUCCUGAGCACGCUGCGCAUGGUUUACCCCCAAUUCGCCGAGAAGUCCAAGACCGGAAACGGAUAUGCCCAGCAGGACGCUGAAGAAGCCUGGUCUCAGAUCGUUAUUCAGUUGAAGCAGAAGCUUGCUGAAACUGAAGGCUCAUCUUUCAUCGACAGAUACAUGGCUGGCGAGCUCCAGUCCACUCUUGAAGUUGACGAGCAGGCCGCUAGGGAUGGCGGCGAAAAGCCUAUCAAAUCUAGUGAGACCUUUUUCAAACUUAACUGUCACAUUGACGCGACUGUAAACCACUUGCGCGAUGGUAUACUGGCUGCGUUGACGGAGAAGCUGGAGAAGAAGUCGUCCGUUUUGGACAGAGACACGACGUACACCAAGAAAUCUCAGAUCUCGCGCCUGCCCAAAUACCUCACUGUUCACUUCGUUCGCUUUUUCUGGAAGCGUGAGGUGCAAAAGAAGGCCAAGAUCAUGCGAAAAGUCACUUUCCCGCAUGAGCUUGACGUGGUUGAGUUCUGCACGGAUGAGCUCAAGAAGGCACUCAUUCCCGUUCGCGACAAGGUCCGCGAGAUCCGCAAGGACGAAGAAGAUAUCGAGCGGGCACGCAAAAGACGCAGGAUUAACCCCAGUGACCGGGGUGAUAUUGCCGGAGCUUCUGGGGCUCCAGGGCCCCAGGAGAAGACGGCUUUGGAAAAGGCAAAUGAUAAGAAGGCUGAGAGAGCUGGAAAGGCCGUCGCCACUACAUCCGACGGCGACACGGAGAUGACCGAGACUUUCAAGACUGACGCCGAAGUCGAGGCUGAAAAGGAUGCCGCCCUCCUUGUCGCCAAGAAGGAGCUGUAUGCUCUCGUCAACCAGGACUUAGCUAAGGACGAGGGUGCCAACCAGUCUGGAAUCUAUGAGCUGCGAGGUGUAGUAACCCACCAGGGAGCAAGCGCUGACAGCGGUCAUUACACUGCGUACGUGAAGAAGACAGCCACUAUUGAUCCUAAGACUGGCAAGAAAGGAGAAGAGGAUGGCAAGUGGUGGUGGUUCAACGACGACAAGGUUUCUGAGGUCACAGCGGACAAGAUUGAUGCUCUUGCGGGCGGUGGCGAGUCCCACUCUGCUCUGAUCCUUCUUUACAGAGCCAUUCCCCUUCCCACGAUUGAGGGAGAGUCCGAGUAA